GCGAGGAGCGAGCGGGCGGCGGGCACGAGGCGGCUCUCGACGGACCGAUGCAAGCCGAAUGAUGACCAGUUGUGGCCAGCAGUCCUUGAACGUGCUCGCUGUCCUCUCGUUGCUGAUUUCUGCAGUCUUGUCCGCGCACUUCCGAGUCUGUGAGCCAUACACGGACCACAAAGGCCGCUAUCACUUCGGCUUCCACUGCCCCCGGCUCUCGGACAACAAAACCUUCAUUCUCUGCUGUCACCAUAACAACACGGUUUUCAAAUACUGCUGCAACGAGACAGAGUUUCAGGCGGUGAUGCAGGCGAACCUCACGGCGGGGUCCGAGGGCUACAUGCACAACAAUUACACCGCCUUGCUGGGAGUGUGGAUCUAUGGCUUUUUCGUGUUCAUGCUGCUGGUCCUGGAUCUUUUGUAUUACUCGGCAAUGAACUACGACAUUUGCAAGGUUUACCUGGCGCGGUGGGGCAUCCACGGACAAUGGAUGAAACAGGACCCCCGGCGGUGGGGCAAUCCUGCCCGGCCCCCGCGGCCAGGGCAGCCGGCCCCGCAGCCCCAGCCUCCCCCGGGGCUGCUGCCGCAGGCCGCGCCCACGCUGCAGGGAAAUGCUCACCACCCACCACUGAUGACCUUCCAGAGCUCGUCUGCCUGAAAACCCUUUCGCCGUGCCUCAGGAUGGGGGAGGUGAGACCCGAAGCGCCCGGCACGACCUCCGAGAAGAACCACGUCAGCAGAGACCCCAGGGAGAGCCGAGGUGGCUGCAGCGGUGGCACAGGAGGGAAUGCCACCUGUGCCCCAAACCCCCUUCCGUGGACUUCUAAGACUAGGAGCAAACUCAGGGGUGGGGGCCGGGGGCCGUAAGGGAGGGAGGGGGUCGUGAGCCACCCGUUCGCAAGCAAUAGUCCCGUUCUGGGCCGGUGGCUUCUGAGAGGUGACGCCAACGUGGACUCAGGAUGGGCAACACAGAGCCACUCUAAUGCAAGCCUGUGUGAUGUACCCGUGGGCCCCUUGCCUCCGCUCCCUCCAGUCGUGGCCUGUGGGCCUUUCCGUGUCAGAAUACUGAAUGUGAGUGUGUGUGUGUGUGUGUGUGCGUGCGUGUGUGCGAUUUGGGGUGUUCUUUUGUUUGCUGAGUCUCUGUUGGGGUCCCCGAGUCUUCUUAUGGGCAGAGGUCCCCUGUGCUGGGGGUCCUUGCCGGCGUCCCGGGGCAAGCUUUUCGCCACAGCUGGCAGCUGGGACCCAGCUGCCAUCAGCGGUGUCUCAGAGGCCACUGGGGCUUCGCAAAUGCUAGUGAGGGUUUGUGCUUCUGGAAUUUAUUCCUGUCACAACGUGGUAACAGGAGACGCGUCUUGGGCCAUCCAUGGCGCAGGCACUCGGCCGCGUGUCUUUGUGCGCACGCUCUCCCGCCGCCUGGGAGGGGGGUGUGGUGAGCCCCCUGCAGAAACGGCUCUGAGGAAUGAAGGUGCCAGGGUCACAAGGCCAGGAGGAGACCGUCCCCUCUGUUUGUUUGAUCUUAGGGGUGUGGGAACCCAAAGUCCAAGCUCCCCAGCCCAGGGCACCCCCAGCGCAGUCCCUGGGGAAUCUCGCCAGUGGCUUCUCGGCGGACUGGCUGUCGCCCUGAGUUCUCCGCCCACCACUGCCCUGAAACCCGCAUCCACACAGCACAUCCUGGUUAAGCACCUGCUGUGUGUCAGGCCCCACGCUGGGCCGUGAUGGGGACCGGCCCUGAGGCAGGCGGGCUUUGCCUCUGCCCUGGUGGGGCCACCAUCUGAUGGGAUAGACAGACACACAGAUCUGUGCCGGACAGGGGGCUGUGGGAGCCCCCGGGGAGGGGGACGUUUCUAGAAACCAUUCUAGUUUAAGGUGAGACUUCCAGAAACCCGAUGCCUGUGACAUCCGUCCGCAGAGCUCCCUACCACCUCCGCCACCCCUGCUGGCCCAGGGCACACACACGGAAGGGCAUUGCCCCGGAAAUGAUCACAUGAAUCCCCCAAGGCCACGCUGCCAGUGUAGACACCCUCGUCCUGCUGGUGUCAGCGAAGACCAGACCUCCCCCAGCUCUUGACUCGGUGGCCCCUGCUCGAUACACGGGUGUUCCCUGAUGGCACCUCCUCACCUGGCCAGACCCAGUGUUCUUGCACACGGACUAUCUGCCCUUCAGACACAGAAAGUGAGCGGGCGGGCCCCUGCUCGUGGCGCUGGUUUCACGGCUGGGGAGAGGUGGGUCACGACUGAGGAUGCUACCAAUAGCGACCAGCGCGUGGCCGAGAGAAUUCAGCCCAAACCGGCCGUUGGUGACCGUCUCGCUGAGAAGCGAGAGUCAGCCACGGGCAUUAAAGCCAGGGGGGAAGGCGUCCCAGUACAAAGGUCCUGAGGCAGCAACAUGCUGGAUGGUUUCGAGGAGCCGGAGAAAUCCAGGGUGGCCGGGACCCAGAGGGAGGGCAGAAGGGGCGGAGGGUGAGGGAGUCCGUCAGGCUGUGCACACAACGGCCCGUCCUUGGAUGAAGCGCUCUCCGUGCACCCUGACUCCCUGUCCCUUCCACAGCUCUGUAAAGAAAGGACGCUGCUCGUUUUGUGGACUAAGGCUGAGACCCCGAUGGCCCCCGCGGCUUGCCACAGGCCGUGGGGGACCAGAUGCACGGUUUCCGUGCGUCUCCCCAGACUGGGGUGCCCGAGCGUAUGGCUUGGCAGGGGCAACGUGGGAAAACUUUGCUUGGGGUCUUGAGUAGGGCUGGGCGUGUCUUCCCUUCCCCGGACACCGUGGGGGACCUUGGAGAGGGGCUCGGCAGCCGUCCCCACCCCACCCCUCCCGGGCGGGUCACCCCUCACCUGUAUGCAUCCUAGGUGCUGAGCUUCGGGAAUCAGGGGGACCUGAGGGUCGGGGGUGGGGCGGCCACAGAGACCCAGAUUCUGACAUCAGCUCUACCCCAAGAGCAGUGUGACCUCGGGCGAGUCCUGUGCUUCCUCUGCCCUCAGUUUACCCCUCGGGAAGAGGAAGGAGUCAGGCCAGGGAUGUAGGGGGCUGCGUGUCUGGCUUCCCGUGGUUGUGGGUGACCCACACACAGCUGCUCGCUCAGAGGUGCCUCCUGGGCCAGGAAGGAGCUGGCUGGCUGUCCCCACCCCCCAGGCCUGGAGGCUGCUAUCCCUUAGACCAGCCGGGGCUCGGACCCGCCUGAUCUGCAGCCCCGAGAAUUACGGUCUGCAAGGCUCUGCUUUGGGCCCCACCAGCAGUCUUUUCCGGGACUGACUGAUAACCCUGUGGGGGCUCGGGAUGGAACAUUCCGUCGGAGCGGAGGCCUCCCGUAUGUAGCUCAGCAGACAUCCAAGACGCAGCAGGCCAGUGCGGGACAGCCUGCCGGGCAGAGCGCGUGGCUUCCCAGGUCCUCUCCGAGCCCACGUGUCACCUGACGGGUGUGUGGGUCGGGUGGGGGGCGUGAGAGGGAGGGGCCGGCAGUCACGGCCUCCCAGAGGGGCUGACGAGGCGCCCCGCGCGGCGGGCACGGGGACGGGUGCGCAGGUGCAUCCCUCCCAGUGUCAAGGGCUCCUCCAAGGCCGGCAGGAGCCCAGCUCAUCCCAGCGAAAACCUGUCCCCAUCCUACUGUGGCAGGCCACCUUGCCAGUCAGUAGCGCAUCCCUGAGAACCAGAUACAGGGUAGUGACGAGUUCCGGUAGAGAUUUACCGCGUUAGUGUUUUUUAUUUUUAGCGACUCGCAAACCCGGGUGUUCAAGCUGCCUCUGUUUCCUUUUUACUGUGAGCUUCUGGCUUAUCACCGCGUCAUUUGUAACAAUGCCAGUAAUAAUAGUACAAAAAGAAAAAUAAAAAGCAGAGAAAGGAGAAGACGA